AAAUACUCGUUACGGGUGCGUCCGAUUACCUUGUUUCCUUCGUUUCCUGCAAAAAUCAUACUCUCUCUCUCUCUCCUGAAACUUCCAUCUUCUUCUAACCCAAUCAUAGCUAGGGUUUCAUUACCUAUUGAAUCUGAGCUUCUAAUUUUAUAUGCAUCAAUGGAGUACCAAACCCAACCUUCCAAUCACGACGACUCUUCAGGCAAUCCAAUGGCGGAUGACGAUUCAUGCGAACCAAAUCCAACAGUCCUUGAUCUCACCAGCUAUCAACUCCAUGAUUUGGACUCAGUCGACUUUCCGCUGAGUCUAACCGAGUUAGACUUUACGGCGAAUCGAUUAUCGAAAUUAGAUCCCCGGAUUGGCCACCUCUCCAACCUCAAGAAGCUCUCUCUCCGCCAAAACCUCUUUGAUGAUGCAGGCUUGGAGCCGAUUUCCAAGUGGGAAGCCAUUUCGGGUCUUGAGGAGUUAGUACUCAGAGAUAAUCAGUUGAAGAAAAUUCCUGUUGUUAGCAUUUUCAAAAGACUUUUGGUAUUUGAUGUUUCUUACAAUGAGAUUUUAUCAAUGAAUGGAUUAUCCAAGGUUGCCAACACACUAAAAGAACUCUAUGUGUCUAAAAAUGAAGUUACUAAGAUGGAGGAGAUUGAUCAUUUUCAUGAACUGCAAAUUCUUGAACUUGGCUCCAACAGAUUACGGGUAAUGGAGAAUUUGCAGAAUUUGACAUUCUUACAAGAGCUAUGGCUUGGCCAGAAUCGCAUUCGAUCUGUUAACCUAUGUGGAUUGAAAUUCAUCAAGAAAAUUAGCCUACAGAGCAAUCGUUUAACCACCAUGACGGGAUUUGAGGAAUGUGUGGCUCUAGAAGAACUAUACUUGAGCCAUAACGGUAUUGUGACAAUGGAAGGCCUAUCAACCCUGGUGAACCUUCAUGUCUUGGAUGUGGCAUCCAAUAAGCUCACCGCAAUAAAUGAUAUUGAAAACCUGACCCAAUUAGAAGAUCUAUGGCUUAAUGACAACCAAAUUACAUCACUAGAAGGUAUAGCAGAGGCAGUUGCUGGUUCCAAAGCGAAACUGACCACCAUCUACCUUGAGCACAAUCCAUGUGCAAAUUCUCCGAAUUAUGCCACCACUUUGAGACAAAUCUUCCCAAAUAUUCAGCAAGUUGAUUCCCAAGUAUUUGGCUAGAAAGUUGUCUCUGGGUUUUACUCUUUUUAAACGAAAAGACAGCUGAUUUUUCUUCAUUUUUGGGUGAGUAGAUGCUGGGUUUGUUCCUGUUUAUUUAACUGGAUCUAAAGAAUCCAUACUAAUCAAGUAUCUCAAUGGAUACAUUCCAAUGCAAGAGGGUCUGAAUUACUGCUAAUUGGAGGUACGGAAAGGAUUUAUGAUCAAGUUACGCUUAUAGCAGUGUUCAUUCUGUUCAUAAUAUGGAGCUCUCUGUGAAUUAGAAGUAGAAUUUGAAUUAUCUAUGAACAGGAAUUUAUUCAAGCCGUGCCUAGCUUACUCAAGAAGUGCUCGUUUUGGUUCAUUCACAUGGAAUUCAAAAAUCUGAUCAAAUUUGAUUAAUUUUGCAAUUUAAACAAGUUGAUGGGACCGCUGAUCCUAUAACCGUAGUUGAUUUGGUACACAGUUAUUUGGGGUCGGUUAUCAAACUUAACAAUCUGAAAGGAAAAAUACAUACUUUCCCACCUGCAAACUCAGCCAGCACAAAUUGAGAAACAUAGGCAUUGGUAAAUCAAGGGGUCAAACCAUGACCUCAACUGACAUAACUUUUUAACGCCCGCUUUCAAAGGCAAUACUAGUUCUACCAGAUCUCGCAUGGAUGACCCAGCAAUUGCUUUCAUAGUUACUCCACUAUCCACCUUAUCCAUGGCUUUCUUACCCUUCUUAACCUCUGUCAAGAACUGGUACAGACCAAAUGGAUCAGCUUCUUCGGCCUCUCUCUCGAAUUCCACAGGUCUAUCCCUCGGGCCAGCC